AUGGCGAAAACUUUGGCACAAGGAAGGAAACCUGGAAGCGGCAGAAAGCCCGGAAAAGGCAAGACGUUGAGAGAGGGAAGAAAGCCUGGCAGUGGUAGGAGGAGGAGGCAAGAUAUUGGAGGAAAAGAGACUGACGGGGCUCAACAGGAUCAGGAAUCGCGUCCCAUCAGUUCCAGGGACAUGGAAGCUGUGGACGCGCUGAGAGAGUUGACGCACAGCCCGUCGUCCUAUUCAGCUCAUAAUUCAACACCAGCACCACCGCCGCAUGCAGCAGCUGCGUCAAUUUCAUUACCCCCUUCUCUGGAUUAUACCCACCAGACAUUAAUGGAUCAGCAACAGCAACAUCAACAGCUACAACAACAGAGAGUGGACGUCGUUCCCCCCAAGCCGUUCAUCACCCACAAGAUCCUGUUAUCUUCAACGGGGAAUUCUGGCGGCCUUGUAAAUUCAAACUACAAUGCCGACCAUAGCAUUAAUCAUAAUUCACACCACAACCUCAGCAACAACGUCAACGUGAACAUGAACUUUACUAUAAAUGGGAGCAAUCAAGACCCGUCGUCUUCUUUUCUGAUGGGGCCCUACAACUAUCUGCAACGGCCUUUCCUAGUGAAACCAUAUCUUGAUUUGUCUACAAGCGCAGCAGCAUCAAAUCAGCCACGGACGCAACCGCCUCAGGCAACACAUAUUCCUAAGAGUUCUGAUUCUACAGAGAAAAACGCAACCAUAUGA